GUUCCACAGGCACAGAACAGAGAAGGGAGGAGAUAUUGGUAGCCUGAAUGAGUUUUAAAAAAAACAACAAAAAAAACCCCAACAGCAAAAUGUUUUUGAGGACAGUAAUUAUUAGAGGAAGGAGAGGCAAGAAACUUGUAUUUGUACUUUUCCGGUUAAAGACCUUCAGAUCUGGCCCAUCAGAGUUUUGUUCUUUUAUUUGUUUCUAGUUUGAGCUCGCUGUUGAUGGAAAGAUAAGCAUAGUGAGAGUGGGGAGAGAAAAAAGCAGUGAAUGUUGAGCUGGCUUUUUAAUUGAGACAAAUAUUCCAAAGACUGGACAUGCUUGGCAGGAGGGUGGUGUUAAAUUUUUUUUUUUAAUUAAAACUACAUUGACUGCUCAGCAUUCCAGGGUGGAGGCAGAAGAGUUUUGAAUGAAAGGAGUUGCUGGGAAAUAGGAUGUUAUGGUCCAGCAUUUGUGUUGCCGUUUGAAGAGACAUUUGUAAAUGUGUCCAGUUAAAAAGCAAACCAGCAGCAACAAAGGGCUCGCAUACAGAUACGCGCCCCGGCUGAAGGAAGGGCAGGAAGCUCUCCCCCGUUGCAUCUCAGCUCUGCACAAAGAGUUGAGUUCGGAAGCUGAGAGGGAGCGGAAUUCCAGCUAGCGUGUAACUGCGGACUGCAGUGUUGUACGGUGUUUGUAGUGUUGGCUGCGGAUGAAAUAACAGGAAGCCCAGAAAAGCUUAGCGGUGCCUCACUAACGGUAGUGCAGCGAUGACUUGACUGCAUUAGAUUGCUGUGUAAGUCGUCUGAAAAACAGCUUUUGUGUCAGAAUGUGUGUAGAUGUGUCCUUAGGAAUCUACUGCAAGUAUCUCUUCUUUAGCGUGGGCUUCAUGUUUUUGUUGUAAAUAGAAAUUCCAGGCUUCUGUGUUGACCUUACACGUUUCUGUUCCAAGGGUCCGUUGGUUAUGACCGCUUUCGCCUUGCCAACCUCGUCUGGUGACUUGUGACUCUUCACCAAUCACGGCGGAAUCCGUCAAGCCCACGCUCUGCAGGGUUGUCAUCUACCUACAGAAGGAGAUGUCGGGGGACACGUGCCUAACCACCACCCUUUGUCCAGCUGCAGGGCCCAAGCCUAAAACUUGCAGCUUCAAAGGGGGCAGCCUCGGAAACAAGUAUGUGCGCCUGAAUGUUGGGGGCUCUUUAUAUUACACUACAGUGCAAGUGCUGACCAGGCACGACACCAUGCUUAAGGCCAUGUUCAGCGGCAGAAUGGAAGUGCUCACAGACAAGGAAGGCUGGAUCCUUAUAGACCGUUGUGGGAAGCACUUUGGAACAAUUUUAAACUAUCUCCGAGAUGACACGAUUGCACUUCCAAAACACAGGCAGGAGAUCAAAGAGCUGAUGGCAGAAGCCAAAUAUUAUCUCAUUCAGGGCUUAGUGGACAUGUGCCAGGCAGCCCUGCAGGAUAAGAAAGACUUGUAUGAACCUGUCUGUAGCAUCCCUAUUAUCACAUCUCCAAAAGAAGAAGAGAGACUGAUAGAAUCAUCAAUGAAACCUGUUGUUAAGCUGCUUUAUAAUAGAAGCAACAACAAAUACUCCUACACCAGUAACUCAGAUGACAACUUACUGAAGAACAUAGAACUGUUUGACAAACUCUCUCUCCGAUUCAACGGCAGAGUUCUUUUCAUUAAGGAUGUUAUAGGGGAUGAAAUCUGCUGCUGGUCUUUCUACGGACAGGGUCGUAAACUUGCUGAAGUCUGUUGUACCUCUAUAGUGUAUGCGACAGAGAAGAAGCAAACCAAGGUUGAAUUCCCCGAGGCACGGAUUUAUGAGGAAACACUAAAUGUCUUACUAUAUGAAACACCACGGGUUCCUGAUAACUCUCUGCUGGAAGCAACAAGCAGGAGCCGAAGCCAAGCAUCUCACAGUGAGGAUGAUGAGGGUUUUGAACUUCGUGACCGAGUGCGCCGAAUCCAUGUGAAGAGAUACAGCACCUAUGACGACCGUCAGCUUGGCCACUAGCAU